UCUUUUUUAAGUAAUGCCCAAUAAAAAUCCGCAAGGAAUCAACGGUUUCCAACUAUACACAUUCCCCUUCACUACUUGGUAGUACUAGUAUAUUCCAUCUUUUUCUCUUCACUGUAAAGUGCAAACCCCAAAACUCCAUUUUUCUCCUUCCACCUAUUACUCAUCUCUAAUUCCCAAUCCCUUCAAUCCAUAAACCCUAAAAAUCCCAAAAUGUCAAAUUCAUCAUCUUCAACCUUAAACCCUCCUUCAAAACCACCUCUUUCUUCCAAUUUUACCCCCAAAAUUAUUUUUAAACUGUACCCUUUACCUCAACCUUCAAAACCCACCUCCAAAUUUCAUCUAAAGAUCAAAUCUUUACACUCCCCAAAUAAUCAGAACCCCAAAAAGACCCUUAAUUUAAUCUCAAUUUUGAAAGAUUUACCUGAUUGGGCUGAUGAAGUUCAAGAAAAGGGUAUGAGAAAGAAAAGGGUUUUGUAUAAUCAUGAAAAAUGGGCUGAACAUAGAAGUUCUCUUAGACAUGUUAGACAUCUAGUAUCUUCACUUUCUUCAAGGGUUGUUGUAUCUCUUGUUCCUCCUGUGCUCUUUUUCACUUCAAUAGCUGUUAUGGUUUCUGUGUAUAAUACUGCACUGUACUUUGAUUUGUUGCCUGAAUUUUUCCCUGUGUUGAGGGCCUCUUCCUUGCCAUAUCAGCUUACGGCGCCCGCCUUGGCGCUUUUGCUAGUGUUUAGGACGGAGGCCUCGUAUUCGAGGUUCAUGGAAGGGAAGCAAGCUUGGACUAAGAUCAUUUAUGGGACUAGUGAUUUUGCUAGGGAGGUGAUUACUUGUGUAGAUGACUUGAAUGAUGAGGUGAUUAAAAGGUGUCUUUUGCAGUACAUUAUGGCUUUUCCUAUUGCUCUCAAGUGUCAUUUGCUUUAUGACUCCGAUGUUAGGCGAGACCUGCAAAAUGUCCUUGAAGAAGAUGAUCUAAGUGUUGUUCUGAAUUCAAAGCACCGGCCUCAUUGCAUGAUACAAUUUAUAUCUCAGAGCAUCCAGUUGUUAAAUGUAGAGGAGCCAAAACGGAACAUAUUGGAUUCAAAGUUGUCUCGUUUCCAUGAAGGAAUUGGUAUUUGUGAGCAAAUAAUGGGAACACCCAUUCCUGUAGCAUAUACUCGGCUGACCUCAAGGCUCCUGGUUCUAUGGCAUCUCACAUUACCUGUCAUUCUAUGGGAUGAAUGCCGCUGGAUUGUGGUACCUGCAACAUUUAUAAGUGCAGCAUCCUUGUUCUGCAUUGAGGAGGUGGGUGUACUUAUAGAAGAGCCCUUCCCUAUGCUUGCACUAGAUGAAAUGUGCAAGGUGCUUUGCACCAACAUUCAGGAAGCAAUUGCAACCCAGAAGACAAUUCAAGGGAAGGUGGCUGCUAAAAGGAAGAAGUAUCACCACGAGCACCCAUCGAAUGGCUGGCCAACCUCAAGUGCAGAAAAGAUUCGCCAAUUGAAGUGUUGAAAAGCCUGAAAGACAUUAGCUACAGCAAAACUAAAUAGCAAAGAGGUGAAAAUUAAGGAACCUAAAAAUGCUCAGAAGACAAAAGCAGAAAAUCUAGUCACGGCUGAUUGAGGGUUUGACUGAAAAUUGAAGUUCAUGUUUCCAGAUAUUUCAUGUAUAUAAGAUAAUGAAAUGCAGACCUCUGUAUAUACCGAAAUACAAUCAUCUACCUCUGUAAAAAUUUUGCAUCUUGGAUUCAGUUGAGUUCGGACUGUGUAAAUUAUAUUAAAUACACUCGUGAUUCUCGCUAAA